AUGCUGAGUUACCAAUUCUCGUUCUACAAAAUUCCAAGGAAAGUACUGAAAGAUAUUAUUGCUAUACAAAGGAAUUUCUUGUGGAAUGGUGUUGGGGACAAAAACUCGAUAUCCUGGAUGGGUUGGAAAGAUGUGUGCAAAUCUAAGGAGGAAGGAGGCCUGGGUAUUAAGCAUGCAGGGAGAUUCAACAAAGCACUUAUGUCAAAAUGGCCUUGGAGGAUGCUAAAUGAAGAGAAUGCAAUUUGGAGUGGAGUGUUGAGAGGGAGGUAUGGCGAUACCAGAAGCGGAAUGUGGGGCAAUGAUGCAAUUGGUUCAGUAUCAAAGGAAUCUUUAGGGUGGAGAUACAUUAUGGAAUUGUGUGGUGAGAAAGAAAGAGUAAUAAAGAAGAUCACAUCAAGACUAGGAGAAGGAAAUACUAUACUGUUUUAG